AUGGGGUCAUCUGAACUCACCAAUUGCUUUUUUCUCCUCUUCUUCGGUUUGGCUUCAGUUGUUCCCGCACUGACUACAGCAAAUGUAUUUGUACGUGAUGAAGGGGCUUUACACCGGUUUCAUGACUUGAUGCCAUUGAAUGCCACCAUCAGAAGAGAGCUCAGGGGAAGGAGAUACAGAGGGCCAUGCAUGGCCACCAACGUGAUUGACAAAUGCUGGAGAUGCGACCCCAACUGGGCUAAUAACAGGCAGCGGCUGGCAGAUUGUGCCCAAGGUUUCGGCCGCGCUGCCAAGGGUGGCCAAGGUGGCCCAAUCUACGUGGUUACUGAUCCCUCGGACGAUAAUGUGGCUGAGCCAAGACCAGGCACCCUCAGGCAUGCUGUGAUCCAGAAAGGGCCACUGUGGAUCAUAUUUGCUCGAAGCAUGACAAUUACCCUUUCUCAGGAAUUGAUCAUGCAGAGUCACAAAACAAUCGACGGGCGCGGUGUCAAUGUCCACAUUGCUUAUGGCGCUGGUUUCACCAUCCAAUUUGUGCGGAAUAUCAUCAUUCAUAAUCUUCAUAUCCACGAUGUCAAAACAACAUCCGGGGGCAUGAUCAGGGACUCCGUGGAUCAUGUUGGCUUAAGGACUGCUAAUGAAGGCGAUGGAAUUAGCAUCUUUGGAGCUAGGGAUGUUUGGCUUGAUCAUCUCUCCAUGUCUAAAUGUUCUGAUGGCCUCAUCGACGCCGUCCAGGCUUCGACUGCAAUCACCAUCUCGAAUUGCCACUUUACUGAUCACGACAAGGUGUUGCUAUUCGGUGCCAGCGACGUCACCGAGGUGGAUAAGAACAUGCAGAUCACAGUUGCAUUCAACCAUUUUGGCAAGAGACUGGUACAGAGAAUGCCAAGGUGCCGAUCGGGAUUCUUCCAUCUAGUUAACAAUGACUACACCCAUUGGGAAAUGUAUGCAAUUGGUGGAAGCCAUGACGCUACAAUUAUAAGCCAGGGUAACCGUUUCAUCGCCCCUCCGCUUUCACAAUUUUUCAAAGAGGUAACGCAUAGGGAUGCUCCAGUUGCCUUGUGGAGUAAAUGGACAUGGGUGUCAGAUGGAGAUGUUUUCUUGAAUGGAGCUAGAUUUGUACCCUCUGGAAAUCCAGACGGAGCUAGGCAAUUCGCCGCUCUCGAAUUGAUCAAAGCAGCUCCGGGGACGGAAGUUUUCACGUUGACAAGAUUCUCAGGUUUUCUUGGUUGCGUGAUUGGACGGGCCUGCUAGAAACGAGAAUUGAAUAUGGAAUCUCGGAGUUCAUGAAGCUUAAGCUGUGAUUCUGAUGAGAAAACAUUUUAUCUUUUUGGUUGUGGGGGUGCGGGUGCCAAUGUAAUACACACCAAACUGGAAGAGUUUUGUCUUCGAAUUUUGGAAAAGGAAAAAAGAAAUUCAAAAUUGGGUGAGUACCAGAUUUAAACUUAAAAAUGCGGAGUGGGAAAUGAUUGAAAAGGUUUGAUAAAUUUGUAAAGAAU